UGUGCUUCUGCUCUUUAUAAAGUUGUAACACACAGUUUGUUGGCACUGCCGCGAGGCCAUCGUCGCUCUAAAUAGAUCAAAAAAAGCAAAGUUUGGCAAUCACAGAUUCGGAUAUAUAGCAUUGCCAUAUAUCUGUUUAUCUGCGAUCCAAACGAAACGGAACGGAAGCCUGUUCAGCGGCCCAUAACAUACAGAGAGAGUCCAUAAUUCAGAAAUUCGAAAAUUCCAUUGACUUGACAAACCCAAGCGGGCCUGCUGGUCGUUCUCUGGAAUUUGUGAAUAACAACUAACAAUUUCCACCACUCACUUGGCCGGUGGAUGCCAACGACCUAUUUGAGAAACCGGAAAAAAAAAGACCCCAGAGAUCUGAGAUCUGAUGAAAGCACAGGAAAAUGACAAAUGUAAAAGUUAUGCUGUCUAUGGGAAAAUGUCCCUAGCACCUGAGGCGGUGCCUCCGCCUGGCUCAAUUGGCCUUCCAGCGUUCACUUGCCCCUCCAGAAUGCCCUAGGCAGCUUAGCAGUCAUGCCAUCGUCAACAAUCCGUCCCGUUAGCACCUACGACAACCUGGGCGUCACCCAGCAGAGGCAGCAGCAGCAGCAGCAGCAGGCCGAGCUGGAGUUGGAGCCGGAACUUAAUGGCAGCGGCACCAGUCACAGCAUAGCUGCUGUUAAGGCGGCCCUUAAUGAUGCCAAGUCCAAGUUCUUUGGCAUAAACAACUAUGAGUCACCACCGGUGGCGUCAGCGUCAGCGCACGUGCCGGCCAUCAAAUCGGAGCCCAUGUACCAGAAUCUGCUCCAGCAUGAUCCCCACCCGGUGAUAAAAGCUGCCCCAGUUCCAGCGAUCGUGCCUGUAACUGCUACUGCUACUGCUCCUGCCGGCGAUGAGGCACCACUGCAGUAUGUCACCACCUACGAGCAGAUUCCCCUCAGCGACCUGGAUGCACCGCAGCCGUCGCAGGCCGUCUACAUGAGCACCACGGUGCCGCAGAACAUGAAGGGCAUGAAGAUAGCCGGACGACAUACGCCGACCAGGAACAGCCUGAGGCACAGCCGGAUGAUAGUUGUGAAUCACAAGAACCAUGACAGUCUCCAAGCUGCUUACUCGAGGCACAUCCGAAAUCUAAACAUUUCGCGACAGCUGCUGAUCAUGCAAUUGGCGGUGGGACUGCUAAUCACUGGACUGGCCGUUUGGAUACUCAUCCUGGCGCCCAAUGCAUCCAUAUUGAUAAAUCCCUACCUGAGCGGUUUGUCUCUACUCCUGGCCAGCAUUGCGGGUCUGAUACUGCACCGGAGAAAUGCAAAGAGCGAACAGCACAGGCCAGGCAAUAGCUGCUACAAGGUCCUCCUGGCCGAGUCCUAUGUGUUCUCUGCCCUGACGCUGAUCUUUUGCUGCCUGGCUUUGGUCUGUGCGGCCAUAGAGUUUGCAGAGCUGACCUCGUCCCCAUCCGGGGAGGGAGCUUGCGGACCGGCGACCAGUUCGCUGUUGAGCUACCAGAACUGUACCUGCUUUUCGGAAGGCGACGAAGAUGCAACACCUUCGCCAGCACUUGCCCUGGAGGAGGCGAGUGUCCAGAAAGACACCGAUGGAUGCGGAUCAAUUCGCUUGAAAUGGAAGUAUCUGCUGGCCUUUUCAAUGGCGCUAAAUACCUUGGGCAUUGUUGCAACAUUCUUAUAUAUUACGCUAUUUAUUUGUUGUCGCAGCAACAACAGGAAACACUUUUACACGUCUGUCUAAGAGAGAGAGAGAGUUUCCACUUAGGUAUAUUAUUUAAAUUAUUAUUAAGUUACUGCAAACACACUAUUCUUAAAAAAAAUACAAUAAAUCAAUCGUGCAUGCAUGAGACAUUGGAGAAAACCAAGGAGAAAGUCAGCACGUAGAGCUUA